GGGCCAUGGCUUUUACUGCACUUAUACAUUAUAUACACACAUUUUUGAACUCGCAUGUAGUUAUACACUAUAACCAAAUCAAUUUGACAUAGGACUACAAACAAAUUACGUACACGGGUAUUUUAGAACACUGCAACGUUGACUUCUUGAAUGUACCUUGAUGAGCCUCCCAUGCAGAUUUUGAUUGGUCAGCGGCCUCACGGAACACUUCCUGGAUGAUGUUGAGCCAACAGCAUCGAGUUUUAGGACCAUGGACAGCCUCGAAGAAAUUAACUGCAUUUUAGCAAGAUAUAUAUGGUUUAAAAUAAGGACAUUUUACUUAUAUUCAACAUAACAGUUUAGUUACGUUAUCCUCUUCUCAUGACUCAUAAGCCACACGCAACCACAACUACUUCCUCAUAUCACAUUAUAAAAAUAUAUAACCCCUCUCAAGAACGCAAAUGAAUAAUGCCAAAGUCAGAGGCCACGAUGGAGAGUGGUACGCACAGCUGUACGUCACAGCAUCAGCGACUGAGUGCAUCGUCCAAGGUGUUUGGCUGGGCGGGCCAGGCGGUGGAGCUCCUGCAGGGGUUGGAGCAGCAGCGCCGGCUGGGCACGCUGUGUGACGUGGUGCUGGUGGCGGGGGGCCAGCGCCUCAGCGCCCACCGCGCCCUCCUGGCCAUCUCCAGCCCCUACUUCCACGCCAUGUUCACCCUGGUCAUGAAGGAGCAGCGGCAGGCGGAGGUGGAGCUGGUGGGGACGUCCUACGGGGGUCUGAAGGCUGUGGUGGACUUCAUGUAUAGCGGGGAGCUGCCAUUGAACGGCGGGAACAUCAAUGAUGUCCUGGAGACCGCCCACCUGCUGCAGGUGGGCCAAGCGGUGGACUUCUGCUGCCAGUACCUGGAGAUGGAGGUGUGCGAGGACAACUACCUGUACCUGCAGGAGCUGGCUCUCUUCUACAGCCUGGAGCGCCUGGAGGCCUUCGUGGACCGCUUCAUCCUCCAGCACUUCGCCACGCUGUCGCUGACUGCCGACUUCCUGCAGAACAUCCCCUUGGACAAGCUGACCUCCUACCUGUGCAGUGAGCAGGUGCAGCACGCCAGCGAGCGGGCCCUGCUGCAGGCGGCCCUUCAGUGGCUGGGCCGGGGGCCCGAGCCGCGGCUGGCCCACGGCCGCCAGCUCCUCUCCCGCGUCCGGCUGCCCCUGCUGGGCCCCGAGGAGCUGGCGGGCCCCGUGCGGUCGGCCGUGAGGGCCCUGCUGCCCGGGGACGCGGGCUGCGAGGCCCUGGUGGAGGAGGCCCUGGCGUACCACGCCCGGCCCAGCGCCCAGCCCCUCCUGCAGACCCAGCGCACGGCGCUCCGCGGGGGCUCGGAGAGGCUGCUGCUGAUUGGAGGAGAGGUUCUGGACCGUGGCAGUGGGCUGACGGCCAGUGUGUUCUGGCUGGACGCGGCGGCGGCGGCGGCGGGGGGCUGGCGGGAGGAGUGCCUGCUCCCCGACCUGCGGAGCCACCUCUCCGUGGCCACGCUGGGGGGCUUCAUCUACACGGCGGGAGGCAGCUCGUCCCGCGACCACAGCGGCGACACCGCCUGCAGCCUGCUGCACCGAUACGACCCCCGGCAGAGGACCUGGGCCGAGUGCGCUCCGAUGAACCAGCGGCGGGAACACUUCUUCCUGGCUGCCGCGGGCGGGUGUCUGAUCGCCGUGGGCGGGAGGAACGUCACAGGACCCCUGUCGUCUGUGGAGGUGUACCACCCUGCGGAGGACUGCUGGACCUACGUGGCCGGGCUGCCCAGGCGGACCUACGGCCACGCCGGCACCGUCCACCACGGCACCGUCUACAUCUCCGGCGGCUACGACCAGCAGAUCGGCCCCUACCGGCGGGAUGUGCUGAGCUACGACCCCCCGGCCGCGGGGGCCCCGUCCGGCCGGGCCCCCGGCUGGCAGGAGCGCCCGCCCAUGGGCGAGGCGCGCGGCUGGCACUGCAUGGCCUCGCUGGGCAGCCGCGUCUACGUCAUCGGGGGCAGCAACGACCUGCUGGACGCCCCCGACCGGCUGGACGUGGGGGCGGUGGAGGCCCUGGACCCGGCCAGCGGGCAGUGGUCCCGCCUGGCGGACCUCCCGGCGCCCGUCAGCGAGGCGGGGCUGGCGGUGUGGGGCGGCCGGGUCUACGUGCUGGGUGGCUACAGCUGGGUGAGCAUGACCUUCUCCCGGGCCACGCAGGUGUACGACCCCGCCACGGGGCAGUGGGCCCCUGGUCCCGAGCUGCCCAAGCGGAUGGCGGGGGCCUCGGCCUGCACCUGCACCCUGAGUCCCCCCCCGCCAGACGAUGAGGAGGAGGGAGGAGAGGGCGGUGGGAGACAGUGGGGGCGUAGGCCCCCCCAGCCCGUCUGA